AUGGCCUUGUUUUCUCCUUCAUCAACCAAAUACCACGUGACCAUUAUUAAUGAACGCAACUUCAUUUAUCUUUCUUCGCUUAUUUUCCACUUAUCCUUCGUGUCUCCGUUCGCUUUUAAUAUCUGCUUUCUCUCUUUAUCCAUUUGUUGUUUUCUCCUUUCCUCUCUAAUGUUUCAUAUUUGCCUUUUUUAUCUUCAUUUCUUCUUUGUUCAUAAUGUCCUUUUUGAUUACUGUCACUCUUUUCUCGCCCCUCCUCUCCAAAUAUGGCUUCUUUUUUCUUUCCUUUUCAUACUUUCCGUUUACAUUUCCCUAAUUUUCUUUUCUUAUUUUUCUUUAAUAACAUUUCUUUCUUUCUCUUCCUUGUCCAUUUUUUCUUUCUUUUUCUUAUUUUCCUUUUAUUUUCUCUUCAUUAAAUUUUCUUUCUCUUCCUUAUUUUUCGUUUUUUCUUUCCUUUUCUAUUUUUUCCUUAUUUUUCGCUCUUAUUAUUGUCUCUUCCCUCCAGCAUCCAUCUAUUUUUCAGAGUCAGUAUCAUUGUCUCUUCCAUACAGCCUCCAUCUAUUUUCUCUCUCAUUUUCUGAUUCAGUAUUCUUGUCUCUUCCCUCCAGCCUGCUUCGAAUUUUUUUCUCAUUUUCAGACUCAGUAUUAUCGUCUCUUCCCUCCAGUAUCAAUCUAAUUUCUCUCUCAUUUUCUGAUUCAGUAUUUUUGUCUCUUCCCUCCAGCCUGCUUCGAAUUUUUUUCUCAUUUUCAGACUCAGUAUUAUCGUCUCUUCCCUCCAGCAUCCAUCUAUUUUCUCUCAUUUUCAGACUAAGUAUUCUUGUCUCUUCCCUACAGCCUACUUCAAAAUUUCUCUCGUUUUCAGACUCAACUCAGUAUUAUCGUCUCUUCCCUCAAAUCUCCAUCCAUUUUCUCUCUCAUUUUCAGUCUAAGUAUUCUUGUCUCUUCCCUCCAGCCUCCAUCUAUUUUCUCUCUCAUUUUCAGACUAAGUAUUUUUGUCUCUUCCCUCCAGCCUACUUCAAAUUUUCUCUCAUUUUCAGCCUCAUUAUUAUCGUUUCUUGCCUCCAGCAUCCAUCUAUUUUCUCUAUAAGUCUACUACAUUCUUUUAGUUCAUCUACAUUCAACAUCAUCUUCUUACAAUUUUCUGUUUCUCUUUCUUAUAUACAUUUCCGUUUUCCUCUUUUUUCCAUUUUCAUUCUUUUCCUCAUACACUUUCUUUCUAUCUCUAUCGUUAUUUUCUCUUUGCACCUUGGGUCUAUCUUUACUGUUAGUCAUUUUCUCGAUGUCUUUAUCUCUCUGAAGUGGCUUCUUUCGUUCUUCCAUUUCUUUCUAUUUCUCCACCCGACCAAAUUGCCUUCACUUCCGCUAUCAGUAUUUUCUUCUUAUCUUUCCCAUUCGUCAUUUUAUUCCCUUAUCCCAACACAAUUUUCUUCAGCUUAUUUCUUUCCUCUCUUUACUUACCUCCCACUCUCUCUUUAUAAUCAACUCGCAGUUGUUGUUUUUUUUAUCUUUAUUACUCCCCCACCACAUUCCACCCUCCUUUCCGCCACAAUCCUUCUUAUUUCGAUUCGUUUAUUGAUUUCUAUGGCCCCUAUCUAUCUAUCUAUCUAUCUAUCUAUCUAUCUAUCUAUCUAUUUUCCCAUUUCUAACAUCUAG